CGGGUUCUGCAGGGCACGCGGUGGCCGGCAGCUUCCCUUCCUUCCAUCUCCCUUAGGCACUACGGGAUCUGUGCUUCCGGAAACAAUGACCGAUAAAACAGAGAAAGUGGCUGGUGAUCCUGAAACCAUAUUUAAACGUCCCAGGGAAUCUGAUAGUCCUUCUUAUCAGAAAAGGCAGAAGAUGGCCCUGUUGGCAAGGAAACAAGGAGCAGGAGAUGGACUUACUGGAGGCUCUGCCAUGUCCAAAGAAAAGAAGCUUAAGUCAGGAGACGGUAUUCCACCCAGCCAAUUUUAUCAGAUCGAUGAGUUCACUGGCUUCAGCAAAGAUGGACUGAUGCAGAAACGUGGUCGAAAUGCAACUGUAGGAGGAAUCAUUACCAGCAAUUUCUCUGGAGAUGACCUAAAAGUCACAGAAAUACUCCUCUCUUCAGAAAGCCAAGAAAAAAUUAAUGCUGAUAUAAAAUGUCAGUUAGUGAAGGAAAUUCAACACUUUGGACAAAUAUAUGAAAAAAUCUUCAAGCUGCUUGAUGGACUGCAAGGACCUAUAGAAGUCAAGAAACAAUUUUUUGAAUCCAUCAUCAAGGAAGCAGCAAGGUAUAUGAGAGGAGACUUAAUUCAGAACCUUGAGAAGAAACUGGAAGAAAUGAUUUGGGGGUACUUGUACAAGAAAGAACCUCACACCCUAAAUGCAUAAUCUCUUUAAUGAUUGAGGAGAAAAGAGGAUCAGAUUGCUGUUUUCUACAAUGGAGCAGGAUAUUGCUGAAGCCUUCUAGCGUGUGUUAGUGAAUAAGAUGGCCUUCCAGAGGCUAAGAAAUUUC